CAGAGUUCUCACUCAAUCCUCCUCAACACUGCGACCCCAGCCUGAGCUUCUUUUCUAACUUCACUCCUCCAUCUUCCUGUCUUCUGCUUUCCUCCCAACAUCUCUCGAUUUCAAUCAACCCAGACUCUUAACCUUGAACCAAGCAAAUCAUAACAUCGUCUCCACCAAAUACCUGAAUAACUAUACAAAAUGCGCUGGACCAAAGAAAACGAAGAAAUUCUCUGGCAAACCGUCUUCAGAACCCACUCCUUCCACAUGGACCUCACCAAGAUCGCUAGUGAAUGGCCCGGCGACGAUAAACCUACCCCCAAAGCACUCAAAGAACACCUAACCAAGUACCGCAAGAAUCUCGGCGGCGAUAGCCGCAUCACAUUCGGGAUGACCGCCCUGAAUUCCACUGGCACACCCACCGGAACUCCUCGCAAGAAAGGACCGGCUAAGAAAGGUGCUGAUAGUGCACCUGCGACUCCCAAAAAGAGGGGCGCGUCUAAGCAGGGACAGUCAUUGGAGAAGGAUUCCGACCUUCUUGAUGUGAAGAAAGAAGAGAUUGAGCCUACUACUGCGGAUGAGGCUGAUGGUGAUGAGAGUGAUGAGAGUGAUGAUGUGAAGGUGCCUACCCCGAAGAGGAAUAAGAAGGAGUUUGGAGAUGAGGAUUUUUUCUAGUUGCGAUGCUACUUGGGGAUUAUCUACUGCGUUUAUAGCUGGCGUUUCGGACAAUUGGGGGUUGCUUAUGCCUUUAUUCAGGCUUAUUCGGGGUCGAUAUGGGUAGCCAGAUGAAGAUAUAGCGAGAUAAAGCGAUUGAAUACAAGAC